AUGGUCGACGUCGAAUCGGUUUUGAUUUCUAGUCUACCUAGUGCACAUGGGAGGGGUUUCCCUGUUGAAAAUAGAUUUAAGGUCUUUUUAUACCCCGAGAAAAAAAGUUUAGAAAGGCUGUGUAGAAGAUUAGGGACGUUUGUCUGGAUAAGACUGGAAAAGUCUGGAAAAAAAUUCUGGAGAAUACUGGAGAAAUCUGGAGAAAACUGGAGAACUAGAAUAGUCUGGAUAAGCCUAGAGAAGUCUAAAAAUAUCCUGGAGAAAACUAGAGAAUUCUGGAGAAGACUGGAAAAUUCGGAUAAGACUGGAAAAUAUUCUAGGAAAAUCUAA